ACUGCAUCCUCCUAAGCCUCUCUGCCUUGCAGCGGCGCUUCGGCGCUGUUUCGUUUCGGCGAGGACCAAAAAAAAGGGGGGGCCGGUCGGCCGAGACACCCGCUGUUUCCGCUGCUCCGUGGCGAUGGAUGGACGAACGCGUGAUGAGCAGCACCCUGAAAGCAACGGCCCCAAGGAACUACGGGACGCCACCCAGGGGUGGGCAUCAUCGGCCCUUUCAGCCGUCGCUCGUGUCAUCCGCCCCCGGGGUCCCACUUGAUCGUUUGCGACUGAGCCCGGCCCGGGCAGGGUCCAAGACAGUUUGUUUUUGAACGUCGUCAUCCCCCUCCCCUCGCGCCGUCUUGGGGGCCCUCACUUUCACUUUCGUCACUUUUCGUCACUUUCGUUCAUCACAUACUAGAGGGGCUUGGUUGGGGCUGGUUCUGGACAGCCCGGUCUUGCGCCAACCAUGCACACAACACUGCGCCUUCUGGCGCUCCUGGGCCUGGCUUCACGCGCAAUAGCCGGGAUACAAUACCUGGGCGUCGCAAUUCCUGGCAUCGACUUUGGCUGCGACAUCAAUGGAAAAUGUCCCGCCAAGGCCGAGUCCAUCCCGCUUGCGCAGUACGGGGGCGGCGACGGCGAGGGUCAGAUGCAGCACUUUGUCAAAAACAACAAGAUGAACAUCUUCCGCCUGCCCUUGACGUGGCAAUUCAUCACCAACGGGCAAGUCGACGGCAAGCUGUACGAGAAGAACCUCAAGGUGUACAAUGACCUCAUGAACACCUGCCUCGACACCGGCGCGUACUGCAUGAUCGAUCUCCACAACUUUGGGCGCUACGACGACGGCAUCAUCGGCCAGGGCGGCCCCAGCGACCAAGUCUUUGCCGGCUUAUGGAGCCAGUUCGCGACCGAGUACGCCAAGAACGACAAGGUUGUAUUCGGCCUCAUGAACGAGCCCCACGACCUGGACAUCAAGCUCUGGGCCAAGAGCUGCCAGGCGGCCGUCACGGCGAUCCGCAAGGCCGGCGCCAAGAAGCACCUCAUCCUGCUUCCCGGCACCAACUUUGCCAGCGCCGAGACGUUUGUGUCGACGGGCAGCGCCGAGGCUCUGGCCGCCAUCGAGAACCCGGACGGCAGCACCGACGGCCUGCUGCUCGACCUGCACAAGUACCUGGACAUCAACAACUCAGGUACGCACACCGAGUGCACGACGGACAACGUCGAGGGCUUCAAGACGAUUGCGACGUGGUUGAGGAAGAACAAGCGCCAGGCCAUGGUCUCCGAGACUGGCGCCUCCAUGGACCCCACGUGCAUGGAAAAGUUUUGCGCUCAAAACGACUUCAUCGCGGACAACACCGACGUCUUCAUCGGCUUCGUGGGCUGGGGCGCGGGCAGCUUCGACGGAAACUACAUCAUGACUCUCACGCCGCUCGGCAAGGCGGGCUCCUACACGGACAACAAGCUCAUGUCGCAAUGCAUAAUGAAGAAGUUUGGCACCGACAGGGCCGUCGACGCCCCGUCUUCGUCCUCAUCGUUCAGCGCGCCGACAUCCACGAGCGCAGACGCCGCCACGAGCACGUCGCAGCCUAUCUUCCGAGAGAGCUCGGCCGCACCAUCGCCGAGUCCGACAGCGGCCCCGAAUAACAAGAAGGAUAAUGGGUCGGGUAAUUUGAGGGCAAGCGGCUCGGCCGUAGGGCUUUUGCUGGCGAUGGCGGUUGCUACGCUAUUGUAGUCUUGGUUGUGACGCCCAGGAGUUUGGAUAUACACGUCACAGGUAUACAUGUACAUAUAGAACACACUGUAGACAUAGAGACCAUAGCGUUUGAAGA